CGCAGUGAGGUAGGCCGCCGUUGCGCACUUGUAACGAGGAGGAGUAGGUGGGUCGGUUCCGCCGCUGCUGGUGUUGUUAUUGUGAGUCGGAUGGAGUGAGUGCGCAUCGCACCGCUGUAUGGAGACGGGAACAUGGCUCCCUUCCCGGACGAGGUGGACGUGUUCACGGCGCCGCACUGGAGGAUGAAGCAGCUGGUCGGAGGAUACUGUGAGCAGCUUUCCAAGACCAAUUUUUCCAACAACACUGAUUUUCGAGCAUUUCUGCAGUCUCUGUAUGAAACAUUCAAAGAGUUCAAAAUGCAUGAGCAAAUUGAGAAUGAAUAUAUCAUCGGCUUGCUGCAGCAACGCAGCCAGACAGUGUACAAUGUGCAUUCGGACAAUAAGCUAUCGGAGAUGCUUGUCCUGUUUGAGAAAGGACUGAAGAAUAUAAAGAAUGAGUAUGAGCAACUGAACUAUGCUCAGCAGCUGAAGGAGAGGCUGGAAGCUUUCACCAGUGAUUUCCUUCCCCACAUGAAGGAAGAGGAAGAGGUUUUUCAGCCUAUGUUGAUGGAAUAUUUCACUUACGAUGAGCUGAAAGAUAUAAAAAAGAAAGUGAUUGCACAGCACUGCUCCCAGAAGGAUACAGCCGAACGUAUUAGAGGCCUGAGCAUUUGGAACCAGGCUGAAGAGCUUCAAAAAGUGUUCAAAUAUUCAGUAGAUGAAAAGGCAGAGCAAGAAACAAAGGUUCAGCCAAGCACUACUUCAAUUUCCCAUCUUCCUCCAGAGGUAAUGCUAAACAUUUUUAGCUACCUUAACCCGCAGGAACUGUGUCGCUGUAUUCAAGUAAACACUAAAUGGGCACAGCUGGCAAAAACUGGAUCUCUUUGGAAGCAUCUCUACCCGGUUCUGUGGGCGCGAGGCAACUGGUACAAUGGACCACCUACACACCUUGACACAGAACCAGACGAUGAAUGGAUUUCAAGAAGAAAAAAUGAGAGUCUUGCCUAUCAGGAAUGGGAUGAAGAUGCAGAUGUAGAUGAAUCCGAAGAGACAGAUGAGGAUAAUUCCUACAUUAAUGUGGCACAGCAAGAAAAAGAAUUACUCCAUUGUUUGAUCCAUAACAUUCUUCCAAGUGUUGGACGUUCUGUGAAAACUCUUGUUCUUGCCUAUAGCUCUGCUGUCAGCAGCAAAAUGAUUCGUCAGAUGCUUGAGUUCUGUCCUAACUUGGAACACGUGGAUCUUACUCAGACUGAUAUCUCAGAUUCUGCAUUUGAUGGAUGGUCAUUGGGUAAUUGCCAGAAUCUCCGCCAUUUCGACAUGUCUGGUUGUGACAAAAUCACUGAUCUGACUUUAGAAAGACUGUCCUUAGCACUUGGUGUGCUAUCAUCUCACAGGAAAAACAUGCUAAAAUGUUGCCUGAAUCACAAAAAUGUGAAAACAUCCUGGGGAAGCAAAGACAUUGCAAAUAGCAUUCAGUGCAGCAUGUCCUACAUGACAGGCGAAAGUGGAAUAUAUUCUGUAAACCUAUGGCCAGACCCUGACAAAUCAGAAUCCUAUGCACCUUCAAAUAUUUGGAUUCUAGAUUCGGACAAUCUUGCAGAUAUUGAAGAUGCAGCCGAUUGGAAAUAUAAAAAUACAGAAGGACUGUGUGUUUGGAAUAUGUCAUCCAACCUAAAUUGUUAUAACGGCGGUUGCUGCAGCAGCAAGCCAGUGCUUGGAGUAAGGACUAGUGUCAGUUGGCAGCAGCAUUGCAGGUCUGCAGGGAUAACAUUCUGUGGCCAUUCACUCUGUUCCCCUGGAGGGAAACUAAGGACUAAACAGGCACUCCCAGGAUCCUCUGGACUGUGCAAAAAUGGAAAAAAGACUCCACAGUCAGAGAUUACAGACCUUUGCUCUGGAAGUGCAAAUUCAGAACAGACUGCAAGAGGUUUGCAAUUUCUCAGCCUUUCGGGAUGUCACCAGAUAACAGAUGUUGGAUUAAGGAUGUUAACGUUAUGGGGCGGAUUACCGUAUCUGGAACACCUAAAUCUCUCUGGAUGUCUCAUUGUGACUGGAUCUGGCCUGCAGGAUUUGGUUUCAGCAUGCCCUGCUCUUAACGAUGAGCACUUCUACUACUGUGACAACAUUAAUGGUCCUCAUGCUGACACCGCCAGCGGAUGCCAGAACCUGCAGUGCGGUUUUCGGGCCUGCUGCCGAUCUGGUGAAUGAUCCUGUUGCUUUUCAAACUUCCCUCACGCAUCUGAGCAGCCAUUCUUUCAUGCACUUUACCUUUUUAUCUCUCAUGACGUGUUAAGUCUGUUUUGGAGCCCCUUUUGGAGUCUUUCCUUAUGAGCAGCAUACAUUGUUACUAGAGCAAACUGUCAAAAGUAGAAACAGUUUUCGCUUAAUAAAAAAUUAAUUGUCUGAA